AUGCCGUCGUCUACCAUUUGGAGUUUUAUUGUCGACGGUGGAACUUUGCAUGGGCGGUGGAUGUAUUGGUCAAUUUUAAUUCCUCUGAAGCAAAAUCGGGGAACUAACAUAACAACGAAUGUGAUUAAGAUAAUUUGCUCUGUUGAUGUUCUUAAUUUCGGUGCUCCCUCCACCGCCAUCGGUUUUUUUUGGUUGUUGUCGAAGAAACCAAAAAUUGAAGAUGUGGUGAAGGUGCUCAGUAUCUGUAUCUGUAUCUGA